AUGGUUAUCGUUUAAGCUUUAUAAAUAAUAAAAUAUUAGUAUUUCAACCCGAAUAAUGUAAUAAUUCAAACUUAAUUAUCUACACUCUUACUGAUUAAAGAUAAUUUACUAUAAGCAGCAAACUUCCGUUACUGGUGGAAUAUUUUCAUGGCAUUAUUAUUUCCCUCUCAUUUAUAAUAGUAAAAUAAAUAUCCUUAUUAAUAAAAAUCACAAUAAUAUAAAUGUGAUAAAAGUGUUAAAAUCUGGUAAGAAAGAAGAAUGUGUAAAAUUCAGGAAAUAGACUUUAAAGAUAGUUACAACUUUGGUACUUUAAGUGAUGAUGGAGAAUAUUUAGUAACCUGGUCCGAACAUUGUAAGGAAAUACGUAGAAUAAAUUGA